UAAUAAAUUUCUUUAUUCGUGUAUUGGCCUCUGACGAGCGUUGACGCGGUGUUUGGUGUGCGUGAAGUGGUUUUUUCGGUGAAACGUGUUUAAAUACAUUUUAUUCCUGUUUGUUUAGUUACUCUUCUUAAAAAGCAACUUCUCCGCUAUUUAUUGCGCAAAAAAUGUUUUAACACUUUAUUAGCGUUAAAGAAAUUACAAAGAUCUCAAACAACCAGCUACAAUACCUGCAGAAACAAAUAUAAAAACACAACCAUGUAUUUACCAUGCCAUUUGUCUUGGCUGGUGGUAGUUUUCCUUCUAUUCUUCGCCACACCACCGCCCGCCGAUGCCGUUAUAGAGGAUGUACUUGAUAUUAUUCAUGUGGUGAAAGAAGUUACUGUUGGUGUACUAAAGGCAUGGGACAUUGUUCAACAAUCACAAAUCGCUCAAAGCAUCGAGUUACCUUUGAUGCGCGAAAAACAACGUAAAGUUUUGAAACGCUUGAAGGAAAUGAGCCGUCAAAUAGACCAGGCAGAACAAAAGUAUGCUGAAAACGUCGCUUUGGCUGUUGAAUCUGUGACUGCAUUUAUGAAUAGUAAUGCACCGCUUAUGGCCAAAAUGAAUGAUAUCCACGAUACGAUGAACCGCAUAUCCUCGCGUUUCCAGCAAAUGCAGAAGUACGAGGAGUAUCAGGACAAACUUGAAGCCAGCACUCUGAUUACCUUCGCCGAAUGGGCAGUGUCGCCCAAUGCGCACUCGGUACAUCAUUUGAUGGAUCGCUUGCAUUUAAUAUUACUUGGCCCAGAAGAAAAGGAGAACACAACAGCAAAUAUGUUGUCCAUGCUGGCAAUAUCUUACGAGCUUUGCAUACUGAACAAAACAGACAAAGUGGCUCGUCACAGCGCGGCAGCACACAAUUGUUUUAAAAUUAAACAAAAGUAAAGAACCAAUCUACUUCCAUUUGGAUCGCGUAAUACUAAGCAUUUCUACAUAGAAGAGAGUUAAAUUAGCAUUGUCAUUUCAGUAGAGCUUCGAUAUAUUUUACUUUUCUGCUGAAAACAGCAUAAAAUAAGAAAUUUUCAAAGUGAUAAACGAAUUUCCGUGUCGAACAGAGGUGGUUGUGCAUGCCAAAACGAAAGCGCAUCAGACGUCAUAAACACAGAAUAAGUGUUUGUGUGUGAAACGGAGGAGAAAACAAAGACUUGAAAUUAUUGAAUUGCGAUGAGAUUUCGUUUAUCCAACAGACAAUAAGCUACACAAUCAGACGUGUUUGCACGUACAUAAAAUGUGCAUAAAAAUGUCGAAUCGUAAUAAAGUUUAGUCCAACUGUAUACAUUUCACGCAAACGGCUUACAGCAUACAGCUUUUUUUUUUUACAAAUCUAAUAUAAAACCUAUGCUCGAGGUCAAAAAAGACAUUUUCAUCUCUUGUGGUGAUAACAAAUAAUAA